CCUACUUCCCAAUUGUGGGUAGAAGCAUAAAGGGCUUAACCGUCAUUACACAUUCCGUCGUCACUCGGCCACCUCCUCAUCUCAUAAAAACCCCCAGAGGAAUUAACAAAACAAAAAAGAAAUUCAAAACAGAGCUCCUAAGAACAUUCCGUCUUUCUCUCUCACGAACACCUUCAGUUCUGAUGCUCAAAGGUGAAGUAAUUGGUGAUUUUGGUUUGGAUUGUUUGAUGAUUGCCUUCCUCAUGAACCGCGCCGCCGAUCUCUCUGCUUCCACCUUCAACCCCCCAUCUCUAAUGACCGCCGUUUCCAAAGAGGGUCUGUUGGAAUUGGAGGCAGAGAAACAGAGAGCUUGCGUUCAUUGUCGCGCCACCAGAACCCCUCUCUGGAGAGCCGGUCCGGCGGGGCCAAGGUCGUUGUGCAAUGCAUGUGGAAUUCGAUACAGGAAGAUGAAGAUGAAUAGCAAUAAUAAUGGGGGAGUGAAUAAUAAUAGUAAUAAUAAGAUGGGAAAAGGGAAGAAAAUGGGAGGAUCAGGAGGCUCAUUGAAAGUAAGAGUAGUGAGAUUAGGGAGAGAGAUAAUGGUGCACAGACCCACGACAGCGAUGGAGGAUGAUAAUGAAGUUGCAGAGUCAAUCGGAGAAGAAGAACAAACGGCAGCGUUGCUUCUUAUGGCUUUAUCUUCCGGCUAUGUGUGACCCUAUGAGAAAUUAUAGCUACCACUUUCGGGAAUUUUACACUUUUUGUCUCUCUGUCAUUUUGUUUGAAAAGAGAGAAUUUCGAGGUGGUCUAGAAUAAAUUUGAAGAAAAUAUAUAUAUUUUUUUCUUUUUAGUGGUAUAGUCUUCUUACAUAUUUAAAAAAGAGGUCAAAGUGAAUUCUAUUAUUAUAUUAUUGUUGUUCCCAUUUACUACAAAUCUCUCCUUACUUCCACUCUUUAAUUCUCACCUCAUGUUAUUAUUAUAC